CUCCUUCACAAUCACCAAAUCUUCAUAUCUCACUACCGAAACAAGAACACUGAACCCUAACUCUUCUUCAAGCUUAGUUUAUUCACAAUCAUAGCCAUGGCAGGAGUUAAGUUGGUCAGCCUUUUCAUGGUCUGCAUGGUGAUUGCACCAAUGGUUACCGAAGCCAUAUCCUGCGGUCAGAUAAGUGGGGCGCUGGCUCCAUGCAUGAACUACCUGAAGGGACAAGGAAGCCUCCCAGCAGCAUGCUGCAGUGGGGUUAAAUCCAUCAACAGCGCUGCUCAAACCACACCUGACCGCCAAGCUGCAUGCAACUGCUUGAAAAACGCCGCCGGUGGCAUUCCCGGGAUCAACCAGAAUCUGGCCGGCGGUCUCCCUGGAGCUUGCGGUGUUAGCAUUCCCUACAAGAUCAGCAUGUCCACCAACUGCGCUAGCGUCAAGUGAAGUGGGAACAUGGUGGGGACCUUUAUGGCAGAAAAGAAAGAGAGAGUAGUAAUAUGGGAUAAUGAGAAGAAUAAAAGGGGUGCUUGUAGCUAAUAGUACUCCGUUAGAUGAGAGCCAGUGUAGCUCUUUCUUGUCUAGUUGUCUUAUUACUCUUGUUAAAGUCUUCUCGUGUCUGUAAUAUGUUUUUGUUAUUUGGUACUUUAUCUCAUAUCUAUUGUUAAGUUAUAUCCAAUAUUUUCUUUAUUUUGCUUUAA